AUGGCAGAAGCGGUUUCAGUGAUUUCGGUGGUUCAUCUUGCACGCCAUCCUUCUGAUCAUGCCCCGUUGCACGUUUCUUUUGCGUCGAGGCUAGACAAUGGGGCACGGCCUUUCAGAUUUCUUAACAUCUGGACUACCAAACCUGAGUUAUUGGAUGUCAUCAGGGGAGCAUGGGUUGUUGAUGUGCAUGGGUCUCCAUUACGAGUUUUAUGUUUAAAACUCCAGGCAACUCGGAGGGCAAUUCAGCAUUGGAAUAAGCAGAAAUUUGGGUCAGUUGGUAAUGCUGUUCGGGAGGCGGAAAAUAGGUUAGCAAGGAUUGAAGGGUCAGUGGAAACAUCUAGACUGGAGGAGGAGGAUCCGGCAGAACUAAAUAUGGCUCGGGCAGAUCUUAACAGAGCCCUGGCAGUGGAGGAACAAUUCUGGAGGCAGAAGGCAAGAGUAAAAUGGCUGGGGUGUGGGGAUCGGAACACCAGAUUUUUUCACGCCGUGGUUAAACAAAGGCGGGUGCAAGGGGCGAUACAUAGGGUGAAGGAUUCUAAUGGGUCUUGGGUGGACAGGGAUGAGGACAUUGCACAGGUUGCGGUGGAGUACUUUUCGAAUCUCUUUUCAGGGCCGGUGGAUACUGGGGGUGGUGAUCUAAUGCAUCUGAUUCCUAAGCUGGUUUCAGACGAGGAGAAUGAAAGGCUGGCAGCUAUACCUAGCAUGGAGGAGAUUCGGCAUUUGGUGUUUUCUAUGGAUGGGGAAAGUGCUGCGGGGCCUGAUGGGUUUACAGGGAAAUUUUUCUCCUUUGCAUGGGAGGUUGUGGCUCAGGAUGUGUACAAAGCGGUAGUGAGUUUUUUCUGUGGGAGUCACCUGCCAAAAUUCCUCACCUCCACUUCAAUAGUGUUACUGCCUAAGGUGUCGAACCCUCAAGAUUUUUCAAAUUUUAGACCCAUCAGCCUAUGCAAUUUCUGCAAUAAGUUGUUAUCAAAGUUGUUGGUGAGUCGCAUGGCCUUGGUUUUGCCAAAGCUGAUAUCCCCCCAACAGACGGGGUUUGUCAAGGGCCGAAGCAUUUCUGAUAACUAUCUGCUGGCUCAGGAGCUCAUGGCAUCUAUAGGCAAGAAGGCGCGAGGGGGGAACGUUGCUCUUAAAUUGGACAUGACUAAGGCGUAUGACCGGAUGUCGUGGUUCCAUGUUAUCUCCAUGUUACGAGCUUUUGGUUUUUGUGAGCAGAUUAUUGAUAUGAUUUGGCGCCUGAUCUCGAAUGUUUGGUUCUCCAUUAUCAUUAAUGGGUCUGCACAGGGGUUUUUUAAAUCUAGUCGUGGAUUACGCCAGGGUGACCCACUUUCGCCUGUGUUGUUCGUCAUUGGCUCGGAACUACUCUCGCGAGGUUUGAAUGAGCUAGCUAGUCGUCGGAAUUAUAUAGGGUUUAGGGGCCCAACCGGCUGCCAGGCCAUUACUCACCUUGCUUUUGCUGAUGACAUCCUGGUAUUUACAAAUGGGUCUUCAAUGGCGCUUCAGCAAGUGAAACGAGUGAUUGAGAAGUAUCAACAAUCUUCUGGUCAGUUGGUCAAUCCCCAGAAGAGUGGAUAUUUGGUACACCCGUCUAUUUCCCCGUCGCGGAGGAGGGUGAUUGAGAGGCUUACUCAUUUUUCAAGGCAGGAUUUUCCAAUAAGGUACCUGGGUUUCCCGUUGUACUCAGGAAGGGGUAAGGCAGCGUAUUUCGGUGAGGUGUGUCAGUCGGUUGUGGCUAGGGUGAUGUCUUGGAAGUCAAGGUUGUUAUCCACAGGGGGAAAGUUAGUCUUGAUAAAGCAUGUGCUCUCGGCAAUUCCUGUCCAUUUGUUGUCGGCCGCGGUGGGUUUCGGUUCGGUGUUCAGGCAAAUUGAGCAGGUAUGUGCAAGGUUCCUUUGGGGGUCGUCAGGGCAGGUGUCAAAAUUCCAAUGGAUAAGUUGGCCUCAAUUGUGUCUCCCCGUUGAUGAGGGAGGUGUGGGAAUCCGAAAACUUAGUGAGGUUUAUUCGGCUUUCUCUUGUAAGUUGUGGUGGAACUUACGGGCAGGCACAUCUCUCUGGGCCGAGUUCAUGCGGGCGAAGUAUUGCAAGGGGCAGCAUCCGUGUCAGGUGGAGAUAAAAAGGCAGGAUUCGAUGACUUGGAAAAGAAUGGUGAACAUCAGUCGGCAGACGGAAUUAUCCAUGGUCUGGUUGGUAAAAGGGGGUUCAUGUAACUUUUGGUAUGAUAACUGGUUAGGGAGUGGAGCUUUGUGUCUUAAAGUUCCGGUUAUUCCGGAGUUAUCGUUUCGGGAUUUCAUUUCGAAUGGGUCCUGGGAUUGGCAAAGGCUUAGAUCAGUAAUUCCGGCUGAGCUGAUUUACUCAUUUUCCCAACAACCGGUUCCGGAGGGGGAAGAGCAGGAUGAGCUGGUUUGGCGUCACACGGCGUCAGGAAGGUUUUCUCUAGCGUCCGCUUUUCAGGAGGUUCGUCGCGCAAGUCAUUAUUCCGUUCUGCACUCUCGGGUAUGGCAUUCUUGGCUUCCGCUCAAGAUAUCUUUCUUCAUGACACGAUUGCUUUUGGGGAAAUUACCGGUGACGGCCGCCUUGGGAAGGGUAGGGGUUCAUUUGGCUUCAAAGUGUCUUUGUUGUUUGGAGGGGGCGGAGGAGACACUUGAUCACGUCUUCUCAGAGGGGGAUAUUGCGAGUGAAGUUUGGGAGUUUUUUGGUAGGAUUGGGGGGGUGUCACGGCGGGGGAUUUCUGUUCGGUCUUGGCUUGCGGCUUGGUGGAUGGCGCAUCCAAGGGCGGAGGAGGGUCGUUUUCUGUUUGGAAUUAUUCCUAGUUUUAUUUGCUGGCACAUCUGGAAGGGGCGUAAUAGGGCAUUUUUUGAGGGGGUUCCGAUGAGUCAUGCAAAGGUUUGCCAUGACAUCCUUCAGGAUCUGGAAGGGGUGGCCGAAGGAAAAUUUCAUCAACGUGUGGGGAGGAACGUUCUAUUUCAGUUUCUGGGGGGACUAGCAACCUCGCCCCAGAGAUUUUAUGCUCAAGCGGUAAGCUGGCGGGCGCCUGAGGGGGGAACGCUGAUUUUGAACACUGAUGGUUGCGCGAAAGGAAAUCCUGGAGCUAGUGGUGGUGGGGGGGUGUUACGAGAUUCAUUAGGGCUGCCGCUUUUUGCGUUCUCGGAAUCUUUCGGGGUAACAACGAGUCUACGGGCAGAAGUUCUGGCCCUGGCAACGGGCCUCCGUCUUUGCAGGCAGAGGGGAUAUACAGAUGUUACCAUUCAGGUGGACUCUCAGGUGCUGGUAGGGAUUCUGCAGAGAAGGGUCCAGUGUCCAUGGCAGGUUCGUGUUGUGGUCGAACAGAUUUGGGGUUUGAUCCCGGACGCAGGCCAGGUCUCGCAUUGUUAUAGGGAGGCAAACAGGGUGGCUGAUAGGCUGGCAAACGUGGGCGUUACUCGACAGAUACAGAGCAUUAUCACUUACGAGAAUUUUGAUGAAUUACCAGCUUUGGCGCGUGGUGAAAUUCGUUGUGAUAGGAUAGGAAUACCGUCCAUUAGGCGACGGCAGUUAAAGCGGAACACUAGGCUAGGCUAG